CUAAGGGUGUCUGUCAUAAUCAGCCAACCAGCUUGCUUGUUGUUGGUCGGUGCACCGGUUCGCCGGUCCGUUUGCAGCUGGGGGAAAGGGGAAGACACUGGCGGAGGCAGUCUGCAUCGGCGGCACGGUGCUAUGGACCUCAGGGACAAUGUUGAGACAGGGGAGACGGAAAACCACCGGGAGCUGUUUUACAUGCCGAUCCCUGAUGAGGCACCGUGCAAGAUGGAGCAGGAGAAGCUGUCGGGGGUCGUCAAAAACGUCCACAGAAAACUGCGCAGGAAAUACAGAGAGGUGGGCGACUUUGACAAGAUCUGGCGAGAGCACUGUGAGGACGAGCAGACGCUGAGUGAGUAUGCCCUCGCCAUGAAGAAUCUAGCAGACAACCACUGGACCAAAAACUGCGAAGGAGAGGGGCGCAUCGAGUGGUGUCGCAGUGUAUGUCAAGAAUAUUUCUUGGACGGUGGGAUGAAAAGAAUGUUAGAGAAGGAUGAGAAAAGUGCUGCACUUGCCAUGGGUCUGACUGCAGCGUCUGUGAGUGCCCAACAGCAAAGCACCAUCCCCAGUUCAAUCUCUCAGCUGGGAAAAAUGCGCCUUCUAGAUGUUGGAAGCUGCUUCAACCCUUUCCUGAAGUUUGAUGAAUUCCUUACCGUUGGGAUUGACAUAGUGCCUGCAGUUGAGAGUGUGUACAAGUGUGACUUCCUCAACCUCCAGCUCCAGCAGCCUCUGCAGCUCGCUGGUGACGCGGUUGAGGCGUUCCUCCGCCAGCUUCAUAACCCCAUCGACGCUCUCCCCGCCCAGCUGUUCCAUGUGGUGGUCUUCUCCCUGCUCCUGUCCUACUUCCCCUCUCCAUACCAGCGCUGGAUUUGCUGCAAGAAAGCCCAUGAGCUGCUGGAGCUGCACGGCCUGCUGCUCAUCAUUACGCCUGACUCCUCCCACCAAAACCGCCACGCCCUCAUGAUGCGCAGCUGGCGCGUCGCUGUGGAAUCGCUGGGCUUCAAGCGCUACAAAUACGUCAAGUAUUCCCAUAUGCAUCUCAUUGCCUUCCGUAAGGUGUGUCUGGCCACCACUAGCGACCUGGUGUCACGCAACUACCCUGAGAUGCUGUACAUCCCUCAGGACUUCCACUCCAAUGAGGAGGAGGAGUGUGCCGACGUGCCCGUGCAGGUGCGCUCCGAGUUUGAGGACGACCAGCUGGCUUGGGGCUUCACGGAGCUACCUGACACACCGUACGAUUCAGAUUCUGGGGAGAGCCAGAGCAGCUCGGUGCCUGGCUUCCAUGAGCUAGAAGAUCCCAUCCUGCUGCAGAGCUAGGCUAAACCAGCUAACCUCCCCUCCCUCUGCCCUCCUCCUCCUCCCUGUCUCUGAAGAACUGCCACCUCCCCUUCAACUGCUGCGCUGCCAAAUUUAACCUGCUGCAUUCUUCUCCCCCCGUCUCCUCUAAAUAAUGCAGUUUGCACAGUGUGAAAGAGCAAAGUUUACAGAUUAUUUUCUCAAAUCCACACUCCUUUGAGAGUAUACACACAAACACCAACAUACGAAUACAUACGACACACACUAAGAUGGAUAUAUUUUGAUAAAUAUCUAGGUUUUUUUAAGAGUUGGAAAGUGAAUGCCCUUAAGAAUAUCAAAACUCCCUUCUCCUUAAUUUUAAUCCCAUCUUCCAAUCAGCACUUGGUAUCAAAGUCAGCUUGUCUACAUCCUGUACGCUCUUUGAAUAAGCUAGUGUGGCAGGCGGCUUCGUACAAAGACAUAUACAUACUUACAACCUGAGCAGUGACAGGAGUUUGAUUGCACUGGAGAGACUGAGAUGAAGUAACUGGACUGGUACGCUUGCUUUCAUCACAGCCAUGCAGCUCGAUUUACUGAAACUUCUUGAUGUGCAUUUAGUUUUCCAAGACAAAAAAAAUAAGUUCAUGGUUUUGAAAUAUAUUCUCAACUGUCAAAACAAUGGUGUUGUCCAGUGUUGAGUGUGGCAAUGCCGUUUUUAAUAUGGCAUCCUCUGAAUGAUUUGUGUAUCUUUUACAAGAAAGUGGUAUUUGUAGCAUUUUAAACAUUUUCAGAACCAUACAGUAGGAGUAUUACUAGUUUACUAAUGUGAAACUGUAACUGUGUUGAUUCAUGUGUAACAAGGUACGAGUGUUUCAAAGUAGGUAUUACACUUUUUCCUCCUUAUUGUCUUUGCAGAUAUAUCUGAAUUAUUAUCCAUUAGAUUUCAGACACAUUUUUAUCAUCAGGCAGAGAAACUACAACACUGCAAGCCAGUGACCCAUAUCAAAUGUAACCUACUGCACCAGUAUCCUUUGACACAACUUUGUAACUUCAAUGUGAGAGUACAGCAAGGUCUCUGCCUCCAAAAAAGCUCCCCACGGUGAGAAAAUUCACCUUGACUGAAGAGAUUUGCACUAAUUCACUGUUUUGUCAUAUAGAACCUCUGAAACAGGUGAUAAUCCAGAUUUUAGCAAUAUAAGAAAGACCAGAUCUGAGAUGUAUCCUACGUGGGGAGAUUUUAGCUAAAGACACUACCUAGGGAAAUGUAAGAGUGUUUAUGUCUGUCUCUGAACAGAAUGAGUGUGUGGCUGUGGUUCAGUUUGUCUGUGUGAAUGAAGGAAUGAAUUGUUUUUUGUCAGUGGCACUUUAUAAUUGAUCCCAAAGGGUGCCACAAAAUGUUAUUAUUUUCCUAUAUGACAGUUUUACAACCAGUAUGAGGGGCCCGUAUCAUAAUACCAGUAAUUCUAAGGUGCCUUCUUUGUUCUUAUGAAACGUAUGUUGCAGAAAGUGAAACGAACACCUUUACACAAAAGAUAUCAAUUUACUUUGGCCAAACAAUAUACACAAACUCCCCUUCUGUUUGUCAUUUUAAUGGAUAACAAAAAAUAUUUCCAGUUUUGGUGUUAUGCAGUGUGCUGUUGCCAUUCCCAUAUCAUUUUCCAGUUAUUGCACCCCUCCCUCUGCUGAUCUCUUCUUUUUUUUUUAACAGCAAGAAGAAAAACAUUUUACAGUACUGAUGACUCAUAUUCAGACUUUGAAGAAGCGUGUUUUGUGAUUAAAUGGUGCGUUUGUCUUCCAGUGUUUCUUUUGGCCCAUUUGCAUGAGAUGGUUCAUCAACAUUAUCAACAUUUUCAUCAAUGCAGAACAAUGUGUGCUUAUAGUAUGGUUGUAUUUCUCUUUUAUAAAUGAAUGUAAACAUAA